AUGGAUAAUCCUGCGACACGACAACCAAUGAGUGAGUUGGAGUUGCUGAGGAUGCAGAUGAAUGCCAAGACCGAUGAGACUCUUGAUUCAACAAGGAACAUGGUUCGUUUAUGUGAUGAGAGUACAAAAGUGGGUGCUCAGACACUGGGAAAGUUGGAGUCCCAAGGCCAACAACUAAGAGGGAUCGAUUCGGAUAUGGAUAACAUUCGUGAAGAUCUACAUGAAGCACAACGUGACCUUGAUGAAAUCGAUAAAUGUUGUGGUUUAUGCGUUUUACCAUGGAGGAAAGUCAAACCAGAUACGAAAACGCCGAAAUAUCCAACGAGUGGGAAUGGUUAUCCAACUGGAACUAGUAAUAAUUAUCAAGUUAACUCUUAUCAGCCACAGUCAGGAUUCCAAAUUCAGCAAAACCAACAAAAGAGUGGGCCUUUCAUCACCAGAAUCACGAAUGACGCUCGUGAAGACGAAAUGGAACAGAAUUUACAACAAGUUUCAGGGAUGGUAUCUCAACUUCAUUCUAUGGCUACUGAUAUGAAUCAAGAGAUAACAACACAUAAUCAGAUUCUUGAUCGAAUCGAUCAAAAAGCUCAGUAUAACCAGUCACAAUUGGAGUUCGCUCAAAAGAAAGCUGAUAAAAUUUUAGGACAACCAUCGAAACCGGACAACAAAAGUAACAGUGUUUUACCAUCCAGUACAACUCUUACAGCCGCAAAAAUGAUGAUGAAAUAAUAAUCCUGAUACAGAUAAUAAUGAAAUUAAUGAUAAUAUUAAUCUUCAGCUUUACGUUUUGUUUUCUGCCGUUCAAUUUGUUGAAUAUCCUUUCAUGCACAUUUACCUAUACAUGUUUAUGUUCUAUUUUAUUUAUCCGUUAUUGUUUCUUCUCUUAAAUUGAUCUACUUUUCAGUGCCUUUGAAGCUAACACUUAUUGUUUAUCCUCCACUUCUUGGUUUUUUGCGAUAUUGUGAUUAUUCCUUUCUGUUUAUUGGCUUUUUUGUUUAUUAUUAUAUCAAGAAUCAUUUUCUUUGUUAUAAUUUUCUAUUUGUUCAUUAUUGUCUUACGUGUGUAUAUGUGCCUUUCACAAUUACUAACAAUACAUUUCAUCAUAAUCUUUUACAAAAAAAUUUGCAAUUUUCUUUCGGUGCCUUAUCAACAAUGCCCAUUUUUCUUUUUUAAAAUUUCUCUAUUCAAAUUAGAGUUAUACAGAUGAUGUUUUUUGCUUGUGUUCUUUUUUUUUGUUUUUGUUGUUGUUGUUGUUGCAUGAUUUUGGUUUAUUUUUGUAAUAUUUUGUAAUAGUUUCUUUUUGACAACCGUCCACAAAUAAAUAACACUAUAUUAUUGAUUCUGUUGAAUAUAUGUCUUUUGUAUGUGUAUGUGUGUGUGUGUGUGUUUGUCCCCACCCACAAACAGUUAUUCAUCAAAAUGUAUUAAGGAUUGUAAAAUUUUCACUUCAUUUGAAUUGAUGAACCAUCUCUUUGAUUUUCUCAUUUGCCAAUGUUGACCACUUACAUUUAAAAUUGCACACACACACACACACAUAGAAACACACGCAUGCAUGCACACAUUUAUUUACUCUUGAACUCAAAUGUAAUAUCCAUCACUUUAUUUAUUAUAAAUAUAAACUAACAAUAAGAGUAAAUUCAAUUCUUUCUCUUGAAACUGUUAAUUACUUUUGUUUAAUCUGUUUUAGUUGAAUAUGAACAAUUGUUAUAUCUGCAUAGAUAAUAUAAAUGAUUAAUUCUAAUUACAUAUUAUAUGUCACAUGUUUAUUUUCGAUUAAUAUUCAUUCUAUUUACUUCAGUGUAUUAUUGUUGCUAAGGCUACAACAACAACAACAACUACUACUACAACAACAACAAAAAACUGAGAAAAAAAAAGUUUAUUAAAAAUAAAAUUGUAAACAAAAGUGUAAUUAAAAUAAAAAUGGUUGAUUCAAAAUAUAAUUUUUGUAGUUGUUUUAUUGUUAUAAAUGAUAUGAAU